UAAAAGUAACUAUAUUGAGCUUUACAUUAUUUAUUAUAUAUAUAUAUAUAUAAAUGAAUGAUAUAAAGUUCAGUAUAGUAACUUUUGUAAUAGCUUUAUUGAGAAUUCAUAACCAUUUCACUUUUUUAAAUAUUGACAAUCUAAAUAUAAUAAUCUUAAACAAUAAAUAAUUACACUACUAUUUACGUUAUGUUUGCACGAUUUUUUUAUAGAGAAGACUACAUUCAAUGUAAACCAUUGUAAAUUUGAUAACAAAAUAAGAAAAAAGUAAUUAAGUUAUAAAAUUAUUAAUACAUUUGAUUUGGAAAGAAAUUUAUUAUCCUGUUUAUAAUAUUAUGUAUACUUUAAAUAUAUAAUAAACUUUAAAAACACUAAGAUGUAAUUUUUAUUAUUUCUAAUGAAAACCUGCAUGUUUUAUGAUCACAACUUAAUUGAUUUAUAUACGUGUAAUAACUUAAUACAUAUUUAUAUUUUGAUGUUUAUUUUACAUGUAAUGUAAUCUAAUCCUGCUAUAUUCAAAUUUUCCCAAACAACAUGCAUGUCUUGAAGCAUCUUCCAUGACGUCUUUAAGACAUCACUAUAAUGCAGGGUCUACAUUGUCUACAAUGGCAGCAGGAAUAAUGGAGGAAGGAGUAAGAGUAACAAUUGAUCAAUUAAAAACUGGGAAUAAACAAAAUGGGCAAAUCUCAUUUCAUAUUUCUUACUUCUUACUCCUGCUGCCAUUGUAGAUCCUGCAUCAGCAUAUCCAACUUAGCAGAGAUUUAAACCUAAUUAGGUUUAAGUCUUCGUUAACUUAGGUUUAAAUUUCUGCUAAGUUGGUUUGAGUCUUCGCUAAGCGUUGUCGAUCGAAUCUCUGAUAUUGAUAUUUAUUUAACAAAAGUACAAUUUAAUUAUAUAAUUAACAUUUAUACUUAUCAAUAGUCAAUAAUAUCAAUAUUUUUUUAACUUUAAUUUGUAUUUGUAUUGUAAUUAGCGACGGUUUUUUAUACUACCUGCGUUCCAAAUUCAUUGUCAGUACUGAAAUUUCGCACUUGAUGUUUUUCUGCAAGUGCAAUUAAUAUUUAUUUGAUCGUUUCUGUUUUUUUUAACCCAACGGAUGGUCACUCGUCACUUGUCGUAUCUUUGUGCUCCGGUGGGAAAAGUAGCAAAGGCAAACUGCAAUGGCCGUUUAGAACACGUUGGCUGACGUGUCGUGGUACCUUCUCACCUUCCAACAGCCUAUUUGUAGCGAGACAUGAUUACGUUUAAGCGCGACAAGAAGGAAGAGGAGGACGGUGGCGGAAACCCGUUCCAGAACCUGGAGAAAACCACGGUGCUCCAGGAGGCGCGCACGUUCAACAACACGCCGGUGAAUCCGCGAAAAUGUGCCCAUAUUCUCACCAAGAUCCUCUACCUGCUCAACCAGGGUGAGCAGCUGGGCACUACAGAGGCGACAGAGGCUUUCUUUGCUAUGACCAAGCUGUUUCAGUCGCGUGACGUUAUACUGAGGCGACUGGUUUAUCUAGGUAUUAAGGAACUGAGCUCUCUCGCCGAGGACGUGAUCAUCGUUACAUCAAGUCUGACGAAGGACAUGACAGGGAAGGAGGACUUGUAUCGAGCGGCCGCGAUCCGGGCGCUCUGCACCAUCACCGAUGGUAGCAUGCUCGCGGCCAUUGAGCGUUACAUGAAGCAGGCUAUCGUCGAUCGCUCGCCGGCUGUGUCCAGCGCUGCCCUGGUCUCCUCCCUGCAUCUGACCAGUGUAUCUGGCGAUGUUGCGAGGCGAUGGGCGAACGAAGCGCAGGAGGCACUGAAUUCCAACAACGUGAUGGUGCAAUAUCAUGCACUGGGCGUUUUAUAUCAGGCACGUAAGGCGGACAAGCACGCGGUAAUUAAGCUAGUCGCCAAGCUGAUGAAAACGAGUCCUAAGAGCCCGUACGCGGCGUGCAUGCUGAUCAGAAUGGCGUACAAACUACUGGACGAGGUGGACGAGGGCGAGGAGCUAAUAGGCUUUAUCGAGUCCUGCCUGCGUCACAAGUCCGAGAUGGUUGUGUACGAGGCGGCGCACGCCUUGGUUAAUCUUGGGCGCAGCGGCGCCCGCGAGAUCGGGCCCGCGAUCAGCGUCCUGCAGCUGUUCUGCGGCUCGCCGAAACCAGCGCUCCGCUUCGCCGCGGUCAGGACCCUCAACAAGGUCGCGAUGUCCCAUCCAGCGGCAGUCACCGCCUGCAAUCUCGAUCUGGAGAAUCUGAUUACGGAUUCGAACAGAUCGAUCGCCACGCUGGCGAUAACUACUCUCCUGAAAACCGGAGCGGAGAGCUCCGUCGAUCGUCUGAUGAAGCAGAUCGCCACCUUCGUGUCGGAGAUCUCCGACGAAUUCAAAGUUGUGGUGGUCCAAGCCAUCAGGGCUCUAUGUCAAAAGUUUCCUCGCAAGCAUGCAGUUCUAAUGAACUUCCUUUCUGCGAUGCUGAGAGACGAAGGUGGGCUCGAGUACAAAGCGGCGAUCGCCGACACUAUAAUAGCCGUGAUGGAAGGAAACGCGGAUGCAAAGGAAGCUGGGCUCGCGCAUCUCUGUGAAUUCAUCGAGGACUGUGAACACAUCUCCCUUGCCGUUCGUAUUUUGCAUUUACUCGGCCAGGAGGGUCCCACGUCGAAACAACCGUCGAGAUACAUUCGUUUUAUCUAUAACCGUGUUAUCCUGGAGAGUGCUAGUGUACGGGCAGCAGCCGUUACCGCGCUGGCACGCUUCGCUGCCGCCUGUCCGCCUCUGCUUCCGAACGUCUUGGUGCUACUCUCACGUUGCCAGUUGGAUUCGGACGACGAGGUUCGCGACCGUGCGGCUUACUAUUGCACGAUUUUGCAACAGCCGAACGACCCGAUUGUACUGCCUCUGGUACAACCACCCUCGCUAUCUGUACCGUCAUUGGAAAGAGCCUUACGGAAUUACAUGCAGACGUCCAUGGACGACUCGUUCGAUAUUUCUCAGAUACCUCCAGCUCAGACGAUAGAGGAACCAGCCCAAGUGGAGGUGCACACCACUAUCAAGCAACCUCGUUUGACCAGAGAAGAAAGCUUCAUGGAAAAAUUAUCGCAGAUCCCGCAUUUAGCCGUGAUUAUCCGAGACACAUCGCUCCUCAAAUCUUCGCCGGUGUUUGAAUUAACAGAAUCCGAAACGGAAUACAAUGUCAAAUGCAUCAAACACACAUUUCCUGAGUAUCUUAUUUUGCAGUUUGACUGUGUGAACACGCUCUCCGAUCAGCUCCUCGAAGAUGUGGUAGUGGCUGUUGAACCUUCCGAAGGUUAUUCCAUUGUAUGCGUGGUACCGUGUCCACGAUUACCUUAUAAUGAGCCAGGAACCACUUACACAGUAUUAAAAUAUCCAGAAGAUGUACAUGCGAGUGUCGCCACUAUUCCCACGACGCUUCGAUUUAUGGCAAGAGAUUGCGAUCCAACGACGGGAAUACCAGAUGCGGAACAAGGCUAUCAUGACGAAUAUAUGUUGGAAGAUUUGGAAGUAACUCUAGCUGAUCAAGUACGUGGCGUUAGUAAUAGAGGAAUGGACUUUAAUACAGCUUGGGAUACAUACGCUGCAAAGGGAUUUGUCAAGUUGGAGGAAACAUUCGCCUUGGGAGCAUCAGUGACUUCUUUAGAAGGAGCGAUUCAAAGUCUUACGGGAUUUUUAGGUUUAGAAGCCGUGGAACGCAGUAACAAUGUACAGAGCGGCGCGGCUGCUCACAAUCUGCUCCUGAGCGGCGUCUUCCGAGGAGGAAAGGAAGUAUUGGCACGUGCUAGAUUAGCGCUGAGUGGAACGCAAGUUACGAUGCAAUUGUCUGUCCUCUGUCAAGAUCCAGAUGUUGCUGAUUUAAUAGUUUCGUCCGUAGGAUAAAGAUCGAAAUAAUAAAAUAAAAAUUGUCGGAAUAUCUUUAGAAGAAAUAUAUUCAUUGAUCACUGUAAGAUAAUUUUUAUAAUAUAGAAUUAUUGUUAUUAUUAUAUAUAUUACAUAUAAAUUAUCAAAGAAUACUGCUUAUAUGUCUUUAAUAUAUCAUGUGACUUCCUUAAUACACCUUGUUAAUAAAUCAUGUGAUUUCCUUAAAGAGGUUCUAGCAUUUGGUAAAUGUAAA